UUGCGGUCGUCGUCGGAGCAAUUGUUGUGCUUAUAGGAUCAAGCUCAAGCCUUUUUCCCUGCAAACAUGAGCAGGAAAGGCAAACGGCCCCCAAUGUAACCUCACCCAUGGCAUCAGGGGUUUGUUGUCGCAACACUCUGCAGAAAAGCUGCUUUUGCUCCGAAACUCCGAAUGAAAAGUUCCCAUCGCCCAUUAAGCGUGCAGUGUGAACCGUUAUGAUGCUGCCACAGCGAGUUUCAGCUUAUAAUCGUCACUUCAACCGAUGCCUUCGAGUUUAAUUUACAUUGUACCAGGAUGACCGGCUCGAUAGUACUCUGGUUGGUCGUGGGCUUGGCUGGGCCGUCCUGGGCCCAGUUGAGCAUGGGUUGUUUCAAGAACUCGGCACCGGAGCCGAUACUCCCUGUUCUAGUUGCCAAGAAGAUCGUUUCACCUGCCGAGUGCAUACAGGAGUGCAGGGCUCGUUAUUACAUGUUUUCGGGAUUGAUAAAUGGUGUUCAAUGUUCCUGUGGUAGUCACUAUGGUAAGACUGAACCAUCCAACGAUUGCAAAGACGUGUGCCUGGGUGAUACCAAUCAAUUUUGUGGAUCCGACGAAGCCAUCAACAUAUACUCGACUGGACAGAAAGGUCCUAGUCCGCCAAGGAGUGUAGCCGUUACGAAUUUUGGGCAGGACACGUUGGAAGUCAACUGGUUGUCGCCAGAUAUUCCCAAUGGAAAAAUAGUUUCUUACACAGUGAAGGCUGAAGCCAUUGAAACCUUUUCGUCAGUUCCACUACAAGCAGUUCAGAACGAGGUGCAAGGAGAAUUUUCCAACGUAACGACUCUCUAUGGUUUGCACCCAGGCACCAAGUAUAACAUCACCAUUUUUGCUACCAAUACGCAAGGCUCCAGCGACGUGUCGUACACGAUUGAUUGGACUCGUUUGGGUCCACCUAGCAAGCCUAGCAUGCCAAAAAUCGUUUCGAUGAGCGAAAAAACAAUCACAAUCGAAGUUCCAGAAGGACAUAGCGAAAAUGGCCCUCUGUCAUUUUACCAUGUCGUUGUGGUGCAAGCAGGAACGAUACCUCCGAUGGGACACGAUGUUAUGUAUGAAAACUACAUCAAAUCGAGUAGAGAAGGCUACGGGUAUUACAUUACGGGAAGGUUCGACGAUUCUGAUUUCGGCCUGUACAAAAAUUUCGUCGUUGGCGACGAGAGAAUCAUCGGAGGAUACUAUAACGCUCCAUUGAACAAUAAGAAUGGACUGCCAGGGAUUGGAAUCGCUGUUGAGUCGCGAGAUCGGGGAGAGGUACAGUACAGCUAUUCCGAUUUGACCAUGGGCUGGCGAAAAAUUGAAUUCCUCGCCAAUGAAAGUCCGGGUCCCAGCACAAUCAGAAUCAUACUCUGGGUUCUAAUUGUGAUAUUGAGCAUUUUACUCGUGGCAUCGGUGCUUUUCUUUUUGAUGUUGCGUCAAAGAUUUCAACAGGUGCGAAUGCAAAGGCUACCCGAAUCUCAGGAACUGACACUGCAAGGACCUUUGUAUGAAGUAGACAACAUGGCUUACAUUCCCGAGGAUGUGCCAGAAAGGACGAAUCACUACCAGGAGCUGAAGACCAAAGUCUGGAGUAUACCUCGAAAUAAUUUAAACUUUGAUCCAAAUCCAAUGAAGAGGGGACUGUUUGGUACCAUACAUUUGGGUACGGUUCAGAGGGACGCGAGCAUGGUACCGGUGUCGGUUCACAAAAUUUCCGACACUGCUCUAAGAAACUCGGAAAAAAGAAAAAUGCUGCGCGAGCUCGACAUUUGCAUAAAAGCAGGUAGCUCCAAGUACCUCGCCAGCCUCGUAGGCAACUGCGAGACUCAGGACGUUGUGUUCGUGGUGAUCGAAAUGCCACCGCAGAAUCUCAAAGCUCGAUUACUGGCAGCUCGUUCGGGCGACCAUUUUCCACACGAGCAAAUAUUGCGGAUAGGCGCUUGUAUAGCCAAUGCUCUCAGGCACUUGGACAGUCUCAAGAUCAUUCACACUCGCGUGUGUGCCAGGAGCGUGGGUUUAAAUGCCGAUUGGUCGCCCAAACUUAUGGGUCACGGCAUAUCGAAGUAUGCAUUGGAGGACGUCAAGUUUGCCAGAUGGACGGCGCUCGAGUGUUUCAGCAACCAAGUGAAACACCAGCCGGGUGUGGUGUGGGCCUAUGGCGUGUUACUUUGGGAGAUGUUCAGCAUGGGAGGUACACCCUACUCCAAUCUUGAAAUGGAUAGUGACGUCGAGAAUGCGGUCAACGAUGGCUUGAGACUCCAGCAGCUCAUGGAUAUGCCCGAUCCGAUUUAUGAAGUCAUGAGCUCCUGCUGGCUUACCGAUCCCGAGGAGAGGCCAACUUUUGAUGAGCUUGUUCGAUUGAACACGCUAUCAAUAUGUCCAAUAACAUCAAUAACAGAGGCAUACAGGCCCGAGUUGGAAUUGAACAUGAACUGAAUCGGUAAGU